AUGCCGGCCGCCGCGCUAAGAAGCCAGCUCAACGAGCACAUCAGCUACAUGUACGCCACGGGAAUUCUGGACGAGUACUACCAACAGCUGCAGUCGCCACAGGACGAGGGGUUCGUCCCCGAGGUCAUCAACAUCUUCCUCGGCGACGCCGACAGGAUGCUCAACGAUAUCACCAGCCUUCUGUCCGUGCCGUACCACCGCGCCCAAGCCCUCUGCUCUCCUUAUCCCGAUCGUCUUGAGUAUUGA